AUGUCUUCCCCAGCUACCCAAUACGUAUACAUCCCCAACCUCGUCGGCCGUCAGAUGCUCCGUAUUCCCGUCGAGGAAGUCGAAGCCGAGGAAAUUAUCUCUUCCGAGGACCUCAUCUCCAUGACCAAGUCCACCACGACCUCGCAACCCAUCACCAUGAAGUCCACUUCGACAUACUCACGCGACUCCUCCCCAUCCCCAAGCAUGUCCAGCGUGUCAAGCUAUGAGGAGAAGAAACCCAAUCAGUCCCCCGCAAUAUUGACCAUCGGCAUUGUAUUAUUCCCGUACCAAGCAUACGACCAGUAG